AUGUCCAGCAUCCUUGGCAAACAGCCCUUAUCCAGCUACUCCAAUGACUGCUUUGUUGGAAAACGUCAGAAGACGCUUGCAACGUUAGUUGACAAAUACGCUUGGGAUUACAAACCAGAAGAGCUGAUUGAUGCUGCAAAGCCAAACAUGAGGUCACCAGCAUAUCCUCACUACAACAUUCAAGUGGAAAAGACCCACAAAGCCUUCAAGCAUGCAUGUCUGAAUACAUCUGCUGGCACAACAGCAAUGCUACACUCAGCAGAGGACUGUGAUUGGGAGUGGGAGGUUUUGACAACACCAAACUGGAACAAACCUGAGCCGUAUUUGCCAGAAUUUCAUUGCGCAUUGUUAGCACUUUGGGGUGCUUGCUCCCACCGUUCAUUUGAUUCACUGACCAACAAGUUUCAUCAACAGGAGGUUGAUUACCUCUGUCCUGGUACAAAACUUCUGUUGUCUAAGACACUGUUGCAUGAUAUCAAACUAAUCCACACGCAAUUUGUGCCCAAGAUCAAGGAGUACUUUGCAUCAAUCUCCAGCGCAGUUCAUGUUGCUGUCAAUGGGUGGACUAGUCCAACUUCUGAGUCCUAUCUUGGUGUUGUAGUCAUCUGGUACAACAAACCCCAAAUUUAUUGUUGCGUCUUAGAGUUUAUUUGCCUGACGUCUGCCCACACAGGUGCUUAUCUUGCUGGGAAGAUUGCAUCCUCACAGCAAGCUUCCAAUACUGGAGAUAAUGGGGAGCUUGACAACUCUGAGGCAGCAGACAUUGACAAGGCUAAGUUUGAGCACAACACCUUGGUGGUCCAAGCUGUAGUAUAUCAGGCGCUUGAACAGCUUUUGUCAAUGCACUCCUUGAUACUCACAGCACAAGACCUUUGUGACGCACAGGCAAUUAUGACAACUGUUGCCAAUUUGGCUUGCAGAGUUGAUGAGUCUCCAAUGCUAAAGACCAAGUUUCAAGAGUACCUGCUCUGUUAUCCUGAGCUGAAGGAGUCAACAUGGUGCUCCCUGGCCUGCCGCAUGGCUACUUGUUGGAGCUCUAAUUGCAAGGCGUUGGACAAUUACCUCUACCUUUGGCAUCCAGUUAAGAAGCUUACCAACAACCCAGGGUUGAACUUGCACCACCUUGCACUUGACACCACACAGCGUGAAUUGGCUCUGGAAUUAAACAAAGCCCUUGAGGUAUUUGAGCUCCCCACCCAGCAUUUCUCAAUGGGGAGUGUCCCUCAUGUUCACCAAGUCCUUCCUGCACUUGUAAUGCUCAGAGAUGCACUUGCCACACUCAAUGUUUAUAAUAAAUACAUGGAAAACAUGAGUAUAUGCAAAGUAUACUUUAUCUCAUUGGUGAUGUGCCCAGAUGUCAAACUGAGCUGGUUUUACCAGCACUAUUCUUUGGAUUUGGUUGAGGCUAUUUGCAAUAUGGUCUUAGCUAGACUUGAGAUAAGUUAUCCCUUGUCAAGCAACACCCUUGCGUCCAGUUCUCAGUCACCAGAGCCCAUCCAAAAGGCCUCUUCACACGCUGGCCGCUCCUACCCACAACCAACCAUGGCUACCCGCUCCAGGACAGCCUCUCAAGCCCAAUCCCUGUUCAAUCAGGGAUACAUGGAACCCACACCUCCACCAACCACCUCUGUUGAAUAUGGCAAGGUAUCCCUUGAACAAGUCACACAACUCCUCCUUGGCCUCCUUGGCCUCCUUGGCCAAGUCAAACAACUCAAGCAGGAAAUCACUGAGAUCAAGGAAGCAGGGAUUGAAACCUGGACAAAUGUUGAAAACAUCUCCCAAACCGUUGAUGUCAUCAAGGAUGGGCUUAAGUCCCUUCAACUCCAUGGACCCCGUACACCUGAAGGGCCCCAACCCAAGGCUGUGGAAGAAACGCCACACCCCCUACCAAAAGCCAAGCCUAUUGGAUUGGUUAGUGGGGACCCCUUCUGGUCAGAACCAUCCAGGGCUCCUCCUGGCCUUGCCCAGCCAACCCCAAGAAGAGCUGCUCCCCCGCAAGUCCCAUCUCCCCCUCCAUCUCCGCAUCUCUGA